CACUGUGGCUUCUAAAAAUUCAUAUAUUUAGAGAUUUAGCAAACCUGUUAGCAUUUCAGCCCGGAAUACUUUCUGUCCUGGCUACUAUGCCUACAGAUGUUGUUGUUAUAUUUUUAACUGGACACCUGGAUCUGCUGGACAUGAUUCCAGCGUCUGCUAAGGGUAUACUCAAGAGGGUUAUGCAACAAAAGGAAUUACUCAGAGCAAUACCCAUAGAACUCCAUGUUAAGCUUGCGAGGAAAAAGAUUGUUCAAGAGAUCGUAGAUAAAUAUACUCUUUUGGAUAUCCUGGAAGCACAUCCUACACUCAUAGCAAGAGUUGACCCGGAACUAAUUGGACCCUAUCUAAAGUUCCUUGAGGAUCCUUGGUUCAAGGAACGUCUGCCAUGUGAGACAGUGCGUGCUGCAACUAAUCAUCCUACUCUACUCUCUUUAAUACCAGAUAGAAACCUGGCCCAGAUAAUAACCUGUCGUCAUAUUGUCUCCUGCAUUGAGAGAAAGGAACUUGAAAGACUUUUAGCAGUGUCUAACCUUGGUUCGAGGCUCAAACUUUCGACACUGAUGGUGACGGCCAGUAAUCUAAGAUUGUCUCAGCUUUCACUCAGAGCAGCCCUAAACUUUGUUACUAAGCAGGUUCCUCAGUCCAACUCUCAGCUCUUCUUCAAUUAGAAACCUUAAAUCUUCAAUCUUUUCAUGAUAAACCAAUCAAUUAUAUUUAAAGAAUAUUAGUUUAUUCAUCAAUGGAACUUUCCUUUCGUUAACUUAUAUUUCCUGAAAAUGAUAUAGAUAUCUGGAUUAGUAUUUAAGGACCUAUUAAUGGUUACCAAAAAGAAAUAUCGGUUCUUUGAAUCCUGAGAAGAACGGAGCAACCGUAAUGAGCUGAGUACAGAUUUAGUUCUCCUGUUGUUGUUUUUUACAAACUGGCAUAAUUAAACAUAAUUUUCUUGCCAAAAUCAAUUUAUAUCCAUUAAGAUACUGAGCAUUUUUUAUAAUUAAUAUAAUCUUAUCUAUUUAGGAUGUUUUAUAUGAAAUUUUAGUUUGUUGCAAAGUCAAUAUAUUAUGUGAUAAUUAUCAUGAAAGGGUCAGGGAAUAUCUUUUAAAAAUAGCUUCUCUGAUUGACUGUUGAAAAUGUGUUACCCAUGACCCUUGUUAAAAAACUUGGAUGUAUUGUAUUUUCGUAAAAAACAUCAAUAAUAUGUGUGUGUACUGUGUACCAUACAUGAAUGUAAUAACACAAAUAUGUAAGGAAAAGAUUAAAAAUAACAUUAUUUUUUAGAUUAUUUAUUAAAAAUUAAAUGCAUUUUAUUUUCAA